AUGCCGCCCAAGAGAACUACUGUCUCCCUCGCUGAAAAGAAGGCAAACAUCUUACGCUUCUUCCAAGAAUCUCACUCAGUGUAUAACAUGAAGGAGCUAGAGAAGCUCAUACCCAAGAAAUGCGGUAUAUCUUCUAUGCUUGUGAAGGAUCUAGUACAACAAAUGAUCGAUGAGGACGGCGUGAUUUGCGUGGAAAAAUGUGGGAACAUUAAUGUGUACUGGUGUUUCAAGAAUCAAAUUACGAUGAAGCUCUCAGGUGAGAUUGAAAUCAUUAAACAACGCCUCAAAGAUUGCAACGCAGAGGUGUUGAGAGUGCAGGAGGAGCUGGCCUCUCAAAGAAGCGGUGCCCGAUGUGAAACACUUAAUCUUGAUGGUCAGAAAGGUCAAAGAGCACUUUAUCUAGAUCGAAUCGAUCAAUUGGAUGCCCAGUUAAAAAAGGCUAGAAAUUCUUAUGAGGCAAUUGCUGAAACGCGAUGGAGUGAAGCAAAAAUAAGUGCUCGGGUCAAGGAAGUCACGAAGCAAUCAAGAAAGUUGGAGGUAAUUACAGAUAACAUAGAAAUAAUCACAAGCUACCUCUGUCGUACUUUUACGAUCGAUAGGAAUUGUUUGCGCAAAGAACUAAAUAUUCCGGAAGAAUUCGCCGAAUUCGCAGAUCUUACAAGCAUGCUCCAAUCAUGA